CUAUUUUCCUCUCUGUCGACGCUCAGCUGACUGUGACGUGGUCAUGUGGAGAUAUACCAAGAGGUGUCGAGGCAGGGGGACUGCGGCGUUAUGGUGCGGGCCAGGCCACAGAGGAAUACGGGCAACGAAUUCACUAUAGGAGCCUUUAGACAUUCUGAAAUACUGUAUCAUUCUUCCGUGGACAGUUGGAUCCACCUCUGUUCGCCUGUCUCGAAGCUCUCCAUAAUCAUUCAUUUUCAAUUAAGAAGAGAGAUUGAGACACCGAAAGCAGUUGCUGGUACUCCUAAAAAGUUGCAGUGGGGUGAGUGAAGAAGACAUGACGGAUUAUUAUGAUGUUCUGGGAGUGUCACGAAGCGCCUCUCCAGAGGACGUGAAGAAGGCGUACAGGAAACAGGCUCUGCGAUGGCAUCCGGACAAGAACCCAGACAACAAGGAGGAGGCAGAGAGGAAGUUUAAGGAGCUGGCUGAGGCCUAUGAAGUUCUGUCAGACCGGAGAAAACGAGAGGCGUAUGAUACCUAUGGCAAAGACCGAAUUCCCAACAACACAGGCUCCAGUAGCCAUCCCACUCCAGAAGACUUCCCAGGGUUCACCUUUACAUUCCGGAGUCCAGAGGAAGUGUUUCAGGAAUUCUUUGGAGGCCAGGAUCCUUUUGCAAAUUUCUUCGAUGACUUUGCCUUCGGAGGUGGGAUGCACAGUGGCUUCCAUGGACAUCCUGGCACUUCGAGGCUCGGCCCAAGCCGGUUUUUCUCCUUCCCCUCUGCUGGAGUGCACGACUUCACCUCGUCCUCGUCCUCCAUGGCUGGAAUGGAUUGGAUGGACAGCAUUGGAGGAGGGAUGGGGAAUUUCAAGUCUGUCUCCACCUCUACGCGUGUCAUCAACGGCAAACGCACCGCCACCAAGAAGAUCAAAGAAAACGGUCAGGAGAGAACAGAGAUCGAGGAAGACGGGGUCUUGAAGACGGUGCUCAUCAAUGGUGUGGAGGAUGAGUUGGCCUUGGCUCUGGAGCUCAGCAAGAGAGACCAUCUGCCCCCUAGUCAACCCUCACAGACUCCCAGGCAACACCUUCAGCAGCAGGCAGAGAGGGCGUUACCUGUGGAGCUCCAGACCCAGACCCAUCCACACCGACCCAGCUCCGGCCCCCGGUCUAUGGCCCAGCGCUCCUUCAGCUCAGCCCCCUACUUCCACUACCCUGACGUCCCCAGGGAGGAAGAGGAUGAUGAUGAAGAUCUCCAGAUGGCCCUGGCCUACAGCCUGUCUGAGAUGGAGGCCCAGCAGAGAGCGUCGGCUUCAGCACCAGACGUCAUCUCAGACUCACACUUCCAGGCCUUCACGGGCUGAUCUGAUUGGCCGUUGCCCGUCUGACCCCUGACCUCUGAGCCUGAGGUAAAGCCCAAACAAAACAGUCUCCUCCUCCAUCAUCAGCUCCUCACACCUUCACUGUUGCGUCAUCCAACCCUUCAUCCCAUCCUGCACCCCGUCACCCCUAGAACACCACUAAACUCUGGGUCCCACCAGCAGCCCAUCUGUUUACUCUCCAAACCACGACCUACCCUGCGUUUUGCCCUCCGAUACUCCCCGUAGUAGAAGACCUGAGUAGUAGACCUCUGGUUAUCACAAGAGAACAUAGAGGAUAUAGAAGAGAACGUACAACUGAUUUUUUUUGCUGUGUUUACAGUAGGAUGUAUGGAAGUUAAUAUAACUUAUUCAAUGGUGAGAAUGGGUGAACCUUGGAGAGGGAGGCAGGAUGAACAGAUUGGGGGUAGAUGUCGGGGUUUGAUUACAGGAUAACUAGUAACUAGUUAACCGAGGAUGAACAGGAUAGCUAGUAACUAGUUAACCGAGGAUGAACAGGAUAGCUAGUAACUAGUUAACCAAUGAUGAACAGGAUAGCUAGUAACUAGUUAACCAAUGAUGAACAGGAUAGCUAGUAACUAGUUAACCGAGGAUGAACAGGAUAGCUAGUAACUAGUUAACCAAUGAUGAACAGGAUAGCUAGUAACUAGUUAACCAAUGAUGAACAGGAUAGCUAGUAACUAGUUAACCGAGGAUGAACAGGAUAUCUAGUAGCUAGUUAUCCCAAGAUGAACAGGAUAGCUAGUAGCUAGUUAACCGAGGAUGAACAGGAUAGCCAGUAACUAGUUAACCGAGGAUGAACAGGAUAGCUAGUAACUAGUUAACCGAGGAUGAACAGGAUAGCUAGUAACUAGUUAACCGAGGAUGAACAGGAUAGCUAGUAACUAGUUAACCGAGGAUGAACAGGAUAGCUAGUAACUAGUUAUCCUAAGAUGAACAGGAUAGCUAGUAGCUAGUUAACCGAGGAUGAACAGGAUAGCUAGUAACUAGUUAUCCCAAGAUGAACAGGAUAGCUAGUAGCUAGUUAACUGAGGAUGAACAGGAUAGUUAGUAGCUAGUUAACCCAAGAUGAACAAGAUAGCUAGUAGCUAGUUAACACAAGAUGAACAGGUUUGCUACGAGCUAGUUAACCCAAGAUGAACAAGGUAGCUAGUUAACCCAAGAUGAACAGAUUGGGAUAGAUACGUAUAGAUGUAGACUAGAGAGAGGUGUGCUGUAACUCCCAGCAGCCUUUGCUGUGGCUCUAAUGUUGCGUCCAUAUCCGUUUGCUCCCAACAGGUCAAAGGUCAAAUCUCCCUGGCGUACUGUACCAGCUGAUCCACACUUUUCAAAGUUUUAUUUGAAAAAGAAAAUUAAACUGACAAAAACAAAUGUAUGUACUUUGUAUGUGUGAGUGUGUGUCUGUGUGUAUAUAGCUAAAUUAAAUAAAGACUCUUUGUAAAGUAUUUUCAACCAUAAGUAACUCAUCCACAUUAAAUAAUUGGCAUUUUAACGUGUCUUAUAAGAGAAGUGUCCUGGAAAGCAUUUUAAACCACGACUACAUGUUUCAAUACCAUGUAAAUGUAUGAUAAUAAAGUUAUCUAUAUAUGAA